AUGGUCCGGGGAAAGACGGUGAUCGAGAAGAUCGAAAACACCACAAGCCGGCAGGUGACCUUCUCCAAGAGGAAGGGUGGGCUGUUCAAGAAAGCCAGGGAGCUGGGCGUGCUCUGUGAUGCGCAGGUAGGGGUGCUCCUCUUCUCCAACACAGGACGCCUCUACGACUACUCCAACUCCAACUCCGGGAUGAAAUCACUACUUGAAAGAUACCAACAGGUUAAGGAGGGUCAACAAUUCAUGAGUGCAAGCGCACAAGCUAAGUUUUGGCAAGCAGAGGGAGAACGUUUGAGGCAGCAACUACAUAACUUGCAAGAAAAUAAUAGGCAAUUGUUGGGACAACAUUUAUCUGGCUUAGGUUUGGAAGACUUAAGUGGUUUAGAGAAGCAACUAGAAACGAGCCUGCAUAACAUUCGACUAGCAAAGGACCAACUUAUGAUUGAUGAAAUUGAAGAGUUCAAUAAGAAGGGAAACCUCGUACACCAAGAAAAUGUUGAGCUGCACAAGGAACUAAAUGUCAUUCAUCAAGAGAAUAUAUAUUUGCAAAGCAAGCUAAAUGGGCAGCCAGAAGCAAAUGGGGCGAUUACAAGUUCUUCUAGCCAGUGCAACAUUGCUGCUCGAGAUGGUGCAAAUCUAGUUCGUUUGGAACUCAGCCAACCACAUCAUGCGGAAAGGGAUGAGGAACCAGAAUCACCAACAUUGGGUCUUUGACUACCAGCGGACUGAUGGACGAGGCCAGAAGUUUCUACUAAAAGCUGAAAGGUCUGUCAGAUGAUCGACCGGAGUAUUGAUGUGGCAAUUCUAUUCUUAAUCAAAUGCUAGUUGUUGUUUCCAGUACGUCUACCCAUGAAUUGUACAUAUAAAAUUUGAUUGUGAGAUUUGCAACUUGCUCCAGGUAAUUUUCUUUUUCUUGUUCUCAAAAUAUGAUAGUACUUGUGGCUAGCAAA